UCACCCAGCAUGCUCGAGCUGCAAAUAAAGGAGGUGUGUUACACGUAUGGAAAUACAACCAUUAAUUCCUAUUCUUCCUGCAUCAGAUAUGGAAGUUUCAUACAGAACGAUAACACGCUCAAGGGGUCCAGGCUCAAUGUAAUAUCAAGGGUAACUUUUGUUUAGCAUAAUCGACCACAUCAGUAAUAUCGACAGUACACGACAGUGACGUUAACUGAAACAGCUGUACUGUUCGCUGUAGUGAAAGUGUAGUAAGAUAGCUGAUUUUCGAGAAGUGUUCUAGGCGUUUUCCUCUGGGUGUCGGCACAGGGCUGAGGUAUGUCAGCAGCUGCUCUUUUGAACUUGAUCAGGACUGGUGGAUUCCAAGUGAGAAGAAGAGUGCUGCUGACCUCCCGAGUUCUGAAAGACGACAAGCGCCUGUUCCGCACCAGCUCCACCCCUGAGCUCAGCUCCUCCAGGUUUGAUCCCGACAGCAGUGGCCGUCCCACCACCUGGGAUAACUUCGGCAUCUGGGACAACCGCAUCGAUGAACCCAUCCACCUGCCCUCUAGCAUUAAGUAUGGCAAGCCCAUUCCCAAAGUGAGUCUGUCGAAGGUGGGCUGUGCCUCGCAGAUCGGCAAGCGGCGAGAGAAUGAGGACCGGUUCAAAGUGGCCCAGAUGACUGACACCAUCCUCUACUUUGCUGUUUUCGACGGACACGGUGGACUAGCGGCGGCCGACUUCUGUGACCAAUACAUGGAAAAAUACAUUGCGGAUCACUUAGCUGAAGAAGAUAACUUGGAGCUGGUGCUAUCCAAAGCAUUCCUGCAAAUAGACAAAGCAUUGGCAGAGCAUAUACACCUAUCUGCGAAUGCCUCUCUGCUGACCGCUGGCACCACAGCGACGGUGGCCCUGCUGCGUGACGGGAUCGAGCUGGUCGUGGCCAGUGUGGGCGACAGCCGGGCCAUGCUGUCCAGGAAGGGGAAGGCCUGCAAGCUGACGGUGGACCACACUCCUGAGCGGAAAGAUGAGAAAGAAAGGAUAAAAAAAAGUGGUGGCUUUGUGGCCUGGAACAGCCUUGGCCAGCCUCAUGUCAAUGGCAGGCUUGCUAUGACACGGAGUAUUGGCGAUUUUGACCUGAAGCGCAACGGAGUCAUUGCUGAGCCGGAGACAAAAAGGAUUAAUCUGCAUCAUUCUUACGACUCUUUCCUGGCGCUGACGACAGAUGGGAUCAAUUUCAUCAUGAACAGUCAGGAGAUCUGUGAUGUCAUCAACCAGUGCCAUGAUCCACUUGAAGCUGCUGAAGUGAUCUCUGAACAGGCCCUUCAGUAUGGUUCAGAAGACAACAGCACAAUCAUUGUAGUCCCUUUCGGUGCCUGGGGAAAACACAAGAAUGCUGAUGUCAGCUUCUCAUUCAGCCGCAGCUUUGUCUCCAGUGGAAGAUGGGCAUGAAGACAGUUCCACUGUUGCCACCAACAACCAAUGUGCAAUAUGAUCAGUAUGCAGAGCACCGUACAUACUAAGGAGAAACCAUGGGGCACAGUUGACCUUAAAUACAAUUCUAGAAAAAAUAUUUAUUAUUUGCGAACUAUAUUGGUGAGAAAUACAGCAAAAAAAUAUUUAGGAAAUGCUUUUAGUAUGUAUUGAAUAAUUUAUUUUCAGAUACUGUUACAAAAAGACACCAGUCAUAGGAAUUUAAAUGUAUAAAUUACGUUCAUUUGUACUAUUCAAAGAAGAACCUCACACCAGCUAAACCCUUCUAACAAAAAUGUUCUUGGCUGAUUUUUACUAGAAGCUAAAUAUAAAGAUUAACCUAAAGUUCACUUAACACGCAGAUUCUUCUCCUAACAAAAGCCGGCUUCACCGUGUACCAGGUAUUCUAUAUGAGAAGAUUCUAUAUACAGUACAGUACCUCUGCAAGUCUUUGGUACCACGGCAGUUAUUUCAUGCCCUGAGUUGUAUUGAAACCAGUGGUGUUUAUGUACCCAGUUCAGCUGAGUCUGUGCCACAAUUAUUUAUCUAAAGUUUGAAGUUGUUCUUCAAGCACCAUUUUCUUUGACUGUCGAAGAGAGUGUGAUUUUGUUAUUUUGAAAUGGAGCUGGUCUGAAAUAGAGGAAACACAGGGCUUAACAAAAAGGUCACCAGAAGGUUUUUAAUAUGUACAUUAAAAAUAUUAUUUUAAAAAGGUCAAAAAUGAGUUUGUGAAAUUUCCAAAGUGCUUUCCAUACAGAUCACUUGUGUUUGUAUAAUAAUAUUGUAUAUAUUGAUAUUUAUCUUUUUUUUUUUUUUUGUCACUAGGCAAAAAUUGCUGCUGUUUUAGUACAAGAUUUAUUUCUGUAAAUAUAUUUUUCUUUUAAAUAGUAAGCUUCUUUGAAAUAAGAGGUUUUCAGUUUGCAGAGGUUGUGCUAGCACAGUGUGGCUGGGAUAUCUAACUUGGUGUGACUGAAAUGGCUUUGGUUCAUCUGUAUUCAAGCAGGUUUUGUGAUGUCUAGCAUUAGUGCAGCUGUGGUCACAGGUUAACAGUAUGAAAGGGAUAAGCCACAGAACAAAAAUACUUAACCGUUUAAGUCCAAGAACUGGUUAAAAGCAAACUCUUGUCUGUUUGUCUGGGAAAUUUGGAAACAAUUUAGGCUGUAGGCACUUAAUACAGUACCUUUUGUCGUGAAGCUGUAACAAAAUGUGCUCCUCUCAUGUUUCUUACCUGAGACGAAAGAGACUCCACAUUGCUAUAGUUUCAUCAAUUGCGUUUUAAAGUAUAAUUAUUUUAGCAAUCUGUAAAUACAGAAAUGUGAUUGAAUUGUUAAAUCGGUUUUCAAAUGUGUGUAUUGUCUUUAAAGGAAAAAUCACUAGUAACAUUUUUAACUCUACAUUGCACAAUCCUAAUCUCUUCUUACUAGUUGUAGACCCUGAAAAAUUUCUUAGGGGAUGGUUAUGACAGUUUAAAACUACUGUUAAAAAAGCAAUAGCUUUUGGGGGGGGGGGG